CAAUACAUGUCACACUGUGUUGUCAUAUUGUUAAAUUUUGUAGCUAAAUAAAUAUUGUUUAUAAAUUAUAAACAAUGGUUGUUAAGUGUUCAUCAGAAUGUGGUAAAAAUGCUGUACUAAAAAGACCAAAAACAGGUGAUGCAUUAUGCAAAGAAUGUUUUUUUUAUGCAUUUGAAACUGAAAUACAUCAUACAAUAAUAAAUGGUAAAUUAUUUAAGCCAGGUAAUAAAGUUGCAAUUGGUGCAUCAGGUGGUAAAGAUUCAACAGUAUUAGCAUAUGUUUUAAAAACUCUAAAUGAAAGAUAUAAUUAUGGUUUAGAAUUAUUUUUACUGUCAAUUGAUGAAGGAAUAACAGGAUAUCGUGAUGAUAGUUUAAAAACUGUUGAACAAAAUAGAGAUGAUUAUAAAAUGCCACUUAAAAUAUUGUCAUAUCAAGAUCUUUAUGGAUGGACAAUGGAUAAAAUUGUUGCAGAGAUUGGAAGAAAAAAUAAUUGUACAUUUUGUGGUGUAUUUCGUCGUCAAGCACUUGACAGAGGUGCACAAUUAUUAAAUGUUGAUUGUAUUGCAACUGGUCAUAAUGCUGAUGAUAUUGCUGAAACAAUUUUAAUGAAUAUUUUACGUGGUGAUAUUGCAAGAUUACAAAGAUGUACAUCAAUAAUAACAUCUGGACAAGAUACAAUAAUGCGUUGUAAACCUCUUAAAUAUUCAUAUGAAAAAGAAAUAGUUAUGUAUGCAUAUUUAAAAAAACUUGUUUAUUUUUCAACUGAAUGUAUAUUUGCACCAAAUGCAUAUCGUGGUUAUGCUAGAACAUUUUUAAAAGAUCUUGAAAAAGUACGUCCAUCAUCAAUUAUUGAUAUAAUACAUUCUGGUGAAAGAUUACAAAUUAAAGAUAAUGUUAAAAUGCCAGAAAAACGUUUUUGUAAUCGUUGUAAUUUUAUAUCAAGUCAAGAAAUUUGUAAAGCAUGUAUGUUACUUGAAGGUCUUAAUCGUGGUUUACCAAAACUUGGUAUUGGUAAAACUCAAAAAGUCAUGAGACUUGUUAAUACAGAAAAAUUAAAAAAUAUUAAUUUAGAUAUUUAAUAGAAAAAAACAAAUAAAUAAAUAGAAAAAUUUUCU